AGCUACGCGUUGGAUCAUGCUGAAGAAGAAGAAGCUUUUCGUAGCACCCUCGGACACUCGACUCGCUCGCGCCACUCUGCUCGCUCAAGUUAGCGAACUUGAUAGUUUCUUGAAGGAAGCCGGCAAAAGAAAAAGCUCGCCACCAUGGACGCGAUCAAGAAGAAGAUGCAAGCGAUGAAGCUUGAGAAGGACAAUGCGAUGGACAAGGCGGAUGCCUGCGAGGGACAGGCAAAGGAGGCGAAUAUGCGCGCGGACAAGGUCCUCGAGGAGGUCAGCGAAUUGCAGAAGAAGCUGACUCAAGUGGAGGGCGACCUUGUGGCCAACAAACAAGCCUUGGAGCAAGCUAACAAGGACCUCGAAGAGAAAGAAAAAGCUCUGACCAACGCUGAAUCCGAGGUCGCCGCAUUGAAUCGCAAGGUACAGCUGAUCGAAGAGGACUUGGAAAGAUCCGAGGAACGAUUGAACACCGCUACCGCUAAAUUGGCUGAAGCUUCUCAAGCUGCUGACGAAUCCAGCCGUAUGUGCAAAGUAUUGGAAAAUCGUGCACAGCAGGAUGAGGAGAGGAUGGAUCAGCUGACGAACCAGUUGAAAGAAGCGCGUCUCCUUGCUGAAGACGCUGAUGGAAAAUCUGACGAAGUUUCACGGAAACUGGCCUUCGUUGAAGACGAGUUGGAAGUAGCUGAGGAUCGUGUUAAAUCCGGUGAAGCCAAGAUCAUGGAGUUGGAGGAAGAAUUGAAAGUCGUCGGUAACAGCUUGAAAUCAUUGGAAGUUUCCGAAGAGAAAGCUAAUCAACGAGUGGAAGAAUUCAAGCGUCAGCUCAAAACGUUGACGGUGAAACUAAAGGAGGCCGAAGCUCGCGCUGAAUUCGCUGAGAAAACAGUCAAGAAAUUGCAGAAGGAGGUCGACAGGCUCGAAGACGAGCUGGGCAUCAACAAGGACAGAUACAAGUCUCUCGCCGACGAGAUGGACUCCACGUUCGCCGAAUUGGCGGGAUACUAAAUUAUUUGGUCCUUUUACGCUUCGUAUAUUAAUUACAACGCCGUGCGUGGGGAUUGAGCUACGAUGUUUUGCAUAAAGGACUCUCUAGAACACGACCUAUCGUUGCGAGAUCGGCGAACGAAGCACGGCCGAAAUACUGUGGACACCGCGGGAAUCGGACAUUAUUUAUCGAAAUUGCACUAUUGUUACCGCGACAAUGAUGGUCAAAUGUACAGGGAUCCGUGAGGAAUUUAACUCUGUUAAAUCGUUGUACGAAAUAUUACACCAGACCCAAUAAACUGCUGUAAUGUGGUAUGCGUUACUAAUUA